CUCUGUGUCUCUGUGUGAAUGGGUUUCUUCGUCCCUCUCUCUGACUCUACGUUUCGCCCCUACUCCCACCCGGCUUUUAAGUCCUUUCCCGCUGCAGCCAUGUCCAACAACAUGGCCAAGAUCGCCGAGGCUCGCAAGACGGUGGAACAGUUGAAACUGGAGGUGAACAUCGACCGCAUGAAGGUGUCACAGGCGGCGGCAGAACUGCUGGCCUUCUGCGAUACGCGCGCCAAAGACGACCCACUAGUGACGCCGGUACCCGCCGCUGAGAAUCCCUUCCGCGACAAGCGCCUCUUUUGCGUCCUGCUCUGAACCCUCCUGACAGCUUACCACCCCCCGCUAAAAUAUGAAUCCAAUAAAUCGGUGACUGUG